UGUCAGUCCUGUUCCAGCCAAAUAAAAUGCUGCUUUAGAUGAAUCGCUGUGUCGUCGACUCAAACACACACACGAGAUCCAACCACCUACCUACGGUUCUUCCCGUGCUCAGGGAGACAGCUCCAUGUGCUGAGAACCCUCUUCCAGUUUCGUAUCAAGCGGGAAAGCUAGUCUAAACUAUUUAGACUCAGAAAUCAGUCCGACCGUGCUGUGCGCAUGCCCGGUGUUCCCGCACCGCCGAAAGUUGGUUCCCGGGACGAGUGGAAGGUCUCCGUAGACCCCGCGUCACACAAAAAGAUGGCCUUGGUUCCUUAUACGGCUGAUUGGGGGAUGCAGAAGUUACACAAGUCUUCCUCUACAUACUGUUUUGCCAACCACACCAUCGAGAUCCAGCAGAACUGGAAGCAGCUGGGUGUUGCAGCUGUUGUGUGGGAUGCGGCUGUGGUCUUGUGUACUUUCUUGGAGAUGGGAGGCAUUGAUCUACAAGGACGCUUGGUGAUUGAGUUAGGAGCCGGAACAGGCUUGCUGGGAAUUGUAGCUGCAUUGCUUGGUGCUCAAGUCACAAUCACAGACAGGAAGGCAGCCUUGGCUCUACUGGAGUCAAACGUCCAAGCUAAUUUACCUGCUGACGUCCGGCCAAGGACAGCAGUAAAAGAACUGACUUGGGGCCGAGACUUGGGGAGCUUCUCCGCAGGAGGAUAUGACUUUAUCUUGGGAGCAGACAUCGUUUACCUGGAAGAAACAUUUGCCGAUCUUCUUGAAACACUGGACCAUCUCUGUUCUGAACAGACGGUGAUCCUACUAUCGUGCCGCCUCCGUUAUGAGCGAGACCACAAGUUCCUGAAGAUGUUGAACGAACGGUUUUCAGUAUAUGAGGUGCACUAUGACCCUGCUAAUGAUGUGCAUAUAUUCAGAGCACAGAGGAAAGCCCAGAAAGCAGAUCUGUGAUUAGCUUGUUAACUCUUGUAUAGUCGUUCCCGCCACUUGCAAUCAUACCUGGACCUUUAGGCCUUUCACCCAGCCAUUCCUCCUGUUUUUUUCCCCAUCCCGAUCAUGGUAACUCAGAUAAUCCAACCAAAUUAUAAAUGGACCAAUGAAUUAUUAGUAUGCAAGGGCCAAACCUGCCAUUGAGGAAAUGUAGGACCGGCUGCUGGCUUCAAGUCAAUGGAAAAAUCCAAUUAGAUUAAUAAUAGUGGCACUUUACCUCUGUUUCCCGCUGGUGUUAAGCUAUGCUGCUCAGAACUACAUUUCAAAGCACACACCCCCCCCACAAAUGGAACAGCAAAUCUAAAUUAUGCAGUGCAUUGGGUGGGACGGGGACUGUGAUAACCACAAGGAAAUAUUUGGCUAUAUUAUGUAAAAACAAACCAGUUUUACUGUUUGUGCACUUGGAGAGACUGAAUCAGUUAGCAAUUUUCUAUCAGGCUAAUUGGUACAAUGGCCAAUCAUGCAAAAGAGAAAUAAUAUACCAAAACAUAAGGGGAGUUAUUGAUUUGCAUUACUAAUAGAAUGUUUAAAUUCUUCUAGAUAUUUCGCAUGAGUCUAAUUAGUCUAACACGAUUCAUUCAUUCAUUAUUAUUUAGAGUUGCCUAGUUCCUUAGAAAUUCCUUCUGUAAUAUGUUCACAAAUAUGUUUCAUUAUUGUUUUUCUAUAAUCAAGUUUGUAAUUUAUACCGUAAUUCAUCAGUGCACAUUCAAGCUGUCCAGUAAUUUUAUUUAUCAAGUCUAAAGGUGAUAUAAAUCUGCAUUAAUUCUUUUAAGUGGAUCCCUAUUUUUUUUACCAAAAAGUAAAUUUGUAAAACAUUAGUUAAGUAAAUCACUAAUCUAUAUUUAAUAAAGUUUCCCCUCUGCUAAUUCAAAUCUGCCAAUGUAUCAGAACCACCCCCAGGUCCAGUUCAGUAUGCAAGUCCAAUUACAGUAAAAACCGUGAUAUCAUAAGUAAGCCAGAAGUCAACUAAUAACUGAAGCCUUUUUCAAACAUAAUUUCAAGGUCAUCAUGUAUGUAUACAGUAAGAUCUUCUUUGAAUAGUUUUUUUUAAUGUCCAGAAAGUCUAUGGGUGUCUAUAUCCAAAUAAAGUUCUGUUCCCAGUAAAUUUAUCUGUGUCCACAAUAAGAUUCACACACACACACACACACACACACACACACACACACACACACACGGCAUGUAAGUGUGUGUUAAAAGUUUGUCUCAGAAUUUGGAAUUAGUUAAGGUCUAAUUUAAAGUUGCAAUGCUUUCUGUUGCAAUUCAAAAAUAGAUCCUUCCCUCAAAAGCUUUUUAUGAGAUUAGAUUUACUCCUGAAAUUAUCAAAAAAAGAUGAAUCCAUUUCUUAUCCAAACAACAUGUGAUGAAGAGAGCAGAAAGUAGAGUGCCGUCAAUUGUCAAUCAUCGCAAUUGGAAAGUGAUCUGAUUAAUAAAGUGCAUGAUCUGCUUAUUGACUUGUAAAAUUCUGGUGCAAAGUUCCAGUAUUCUUACUCUCAUGUGGAAGAGGUUCUUACAAAUAAGUUGUUACUGCCUGAUAGAGAUAGUAAUACUUGAUAGUUGUAAAUGAUUCCACAGAAAAAAGCAGAAAGUCAAUAAAAACAUUUGAUGUUUUGCAAAGAAAUGUCCCAUGUUUGAUUAUAGUUUUUCAACAGAAGGAUGCAGCCAGGCAUCGGUAAUCUCACCGACUUCUGAAUCUGUACUCCUCCACUUAAACAUGCCUGCAGAAUGAGUUGCCAAGUUCCACCCCCAUCAUCAGAGUGCAACUUCUAACCAGAAAUCCAGAAUUUUCAUAUGAACAUGUUGCCCAAUUGCGUUGUGUUCCCUUGGAGUGGAUCCCAAGUACUGUGAGCAAACUGAAAAGAGCUGCAUGUGCAGUGGGAGCAGAAGAGCAAUUCUCUAAUUGGGAGGUUCUGCAGAAGUCCUCAUGCUUCCACGUGCAGCAGAAGAGAACAUUUGGACCAAACCCAUCCAAGAAGCACGAAAGUGUCCCUAGCUGAACACAAAACACCUCCCGUCCUGCAUAUAACAGGAUGCUUUUGGACUCCCAAAACUUCCUAAAGAGUGGAAAGCACAUCUUGAAAUCAACUGUGCAAAUGUAACAAGGGUGAACAGAUCUUUAAAGAUCGACACAAUCAUUUUUAAGCUGCACCAUGCCUAUGGUUCAGGCACUACCUAACAGCAAUAAAAACAGCUGUUUAACUGGUUUUUUUGAAAGAGCUCUUUGUGGGAUUUGGAACUGAAUCAGUUCACAAAUUCAGUCUCCAGCUUUUCCAGCCUAAGUAAAUCCACUGCAUCUCAACCUGUAUCCUGUGCAGCACUUUUCGUGCUGUAGGAUUUGACAGUCCAUCCUAGGGCGCAUGCUCAGUUUGAGCUGGAUCUAAGGUUGAGCAGAGCAUCAUGCUGAAAAACCCGAAUGACCUGCCCCGCCCCACCCUGGCAGAGAUAAUAAGCAUCAACCCCUGGAAGCUUGUGGUGUAGAAUCAUAGAAUUAGAAGGGACCUCGAGGAUCAUCUAGUUCAACCACCUGCAACGCAGGAAUAUGCAGCUGUCCCUUUGUGCGGGGGAAAACCUGCAACUUUGGCAUCAUCAGCACCAUUCUGAGGAAAGUGGCACAAGUGAUCUGUGCUAUUAUUUUGGUACAAAAUGUGGAGCUGGGAGGUUAGGAGGGGCCGUUGCUAUGGUUCUACACAUUUCUUCAGCCCAGCCUCCCCAUUUCCUAGGCAAGGGAGCAGCUUUUUUCCAUUUCUUCCCUCCCGUUAAUAAUGAAAGGCAACAUCAUUUUUGUGGGUGUGCCAGGGACAUGAAUGGGAAUUAGAUGUGGCACUUUUGUGCCCAUCUCUACCAUUCCCCAUGUCCCCUUGGGUCCCUGGUACAUCUAGAUUAGGGGAGCUUUCUGCAGGUGUUCUGAAGUACAUCUGGUGGCAUAAACUCUCCUGCUAGCAUACCUGUCUCUGCCCCCAAAGCAACCCUUGGGCUGCAUCCUACGGUCCCUCGCCAGCUUGACAGAAAGUAUACAUAUGAUUGGGCCUUCGGAGCAUUUCUUUUUAAAUGUUUUGCUCUUAAGUGGUCAAGUGGGAAGUAUUGCUGAAGUCAACGGCAUCAAGAUAAAUUACCCUCCUUCCCUGAAGAAAAGAGACUUCAAAAUGAUUUUAAAAGCAUGUUUAUGUGUCUGCACAUAAAUGUGUAAAAAGGGUGUUAUGACAGUUUAUACCACAAACUUUACAGUAAGAAAAAGCACUUUUAUGACAAUUCACAAAUUCACAAGGAUCACUUUAAUAUACAAAGCAAUUACUAGCAUUCUGAAACACAAAGCAGUUAGUAUGUACACAAUGUUAAUAAAAAGCAGUGUAACUCAGUACAUGGGGGGAGGGGAAAUAAACGCACAAAAGGAUAAUUACAAAAUUAAAACAGGGAUGUUUCUAGGAAAUAGAGGAUUCUAAAAUGAAAUUAACCCAUCC